AUGUACGUAUUUCACAACGAACGAUCAUUGGGUAUGGCAUUUCAUAUACAAUCGCCAUAUCCAAAACCACUGUAUCCAGUUGUGAGUUUCAAAUCGGAUGGUAAAGUGACAAUUAUUCAUGCUGAUCAAAAACAUCGAUCACUAGAACGUAUGUUAUCACAAUGUAAUAGUGUAGAAGGUAAAUGGAAGGUCCUUAGUUUUCCUCAACAUCCUGAAUGUAUUGGUUGUGAAUUCCGAAUACAACGCCAUGAACACGGUGAAAACAUGUACGUUCUUUUUGCGACUGUUGUUAACAUGUUACAUUGUGUUUUGAAGCAUAAUCCUACGACUAAUGAAUGGAAAUCUGCUGAUGUUAUGUCAACACUUAUAGCCGGUCCACCUGAACAAAUGAAAGAAGAACAAUUGCUCAUCAACUUUCUAUCCAACAUAAAAAACGUGGACGUAGAAGACCAAAAAACCUUAGUGAUACGAUCGACGGAUGGAAGUGAAAUUAAAUUGGAGCGUCGUACAGAAUGGACGGCGUUACCCGUGACAGAGAACAUAUUCGCGUAG